GCAGGCGGAGGAGCGCCCUUCCCCCCGCGCGCUGAUUGCUGUGGCGUCUUGCCCGUCCCCGCCCGCGUGUGUGCGAGGGAGGGCGAGUGAGCCGGGUCGGCCCGAUGGGGGUAAUCGAGGGUUUCGGGGACGCCGAGCGGCACUUUCCUCUUCCCAGCGAGUGAAGGAGGGCAGUCGGCGGCUCUCGCGCCCCGGCCACUUUCCCUGCGCGAUUCCCGGAGCUCCCUGCAGGAGGUGAGAGUCCCCAGCGGGUCCGGAUGGCGUAGUUGUGCCGCGGCGCAGCAGCUGCCGGAGCUCGCCGCCGCCGAGCGCUGGGCGGGGAAACUUUCCGCCGCUUUCCUCCAACUUGCUGCGGGUGGAUCUCCGCUGGACACACCGCCUCCGAGCUCUGCAGCUCUCCUCCCUCCUGUAAUGCUUCCUCUGCCUGCAGUGUCACCUGACUUUUUAAAUCUUCGCUUAUCCUCAGGCAGUUUGAAAAUUGCAAGGAGGGACUUUAAGACUACUUCUGAUUUGCAAAGAUUGUCUGUGCUCUGAGCAGGCUGAAGUAACUGGAUGAGACGCACUGUUGGAGAAAUAAAAAUGACUUCCCAUUAUGUGAUCGCCAUCUUUGCCCUGAUGAGCUCCUGUUUAGCCACUGCAGGUCCAGAGCCUGGUGCACUGUGUGAACUGUCACCUGUCAGUGCCUCUCAUCCUGUCCAGGCCUUGAUGGAGAGCUUCACUGUUUUGUCAGGCUGUGCCAGCAGAGGCACGACUGGGCUGCCGCAGGAGGUGCAUGUCCUGAAUCUCCGCACUGCAGACCAGGGGCCUGGCCAACUACAGAGAGAGGUCACACUUCACCUGAAUCCCAUCUCCUCAGUCCACAUCCACCACAAGCCUGUCGUGUUCCUGCUCAACUCCCCACACCCCCUGGUGUGGCAUCUGAAGACAGAGAGACUUGCCACUGGGGUCUCCAGACUGUUUUUGGUGUCUGAGGGUUCUGUGGUCCAGUUUUCAUCAGCAAACUUCUCCUUGACAGCAGAAACAAAAGAAAGGAACUUCCCCCAUGGAAAUGAACAUCUGUUAAAUUGGGCCCGAAAAGAGUAUGGAGCAGUUACUUCAUUCACCGAACUCAAGAUAGCAAGAAACAUUUACAUUAAAGUGGGGGAAGAUCAAGUGUUCCCUCCAAAGUGCAACAUAGGGAAGAAUUUUCUCUCACUCAAUUACCUUGCUGAGUACCUUCAACCCAAAGCAGCAGAAGGGUGUGUGAUGUCCAGCCAGCCCCAGAAUGAAGAAGUACACAUCAUCGAGCUAAUCACCCCCAACUCUAACCCCUACAGUGCUUUCCAGGUGGAUAUAACAAUUGAUAUAAGACCUUCUCAAGAGGAUCUUGAGGUGGUCAAAAAUCUCAUCCUGAUCUUGAAGUGCAAAAAGUCUGUCAACUGGGUGAUCAAAUCUUUUGAUGUUAAGGGAAGCCUGAAAAUCAUUGCUCCUAACAGUAUUGGCUUUGGAAAAGAGAGUGAAAGAUCUAUGACAAUGACCAAAUCAAUAAGAGAUGACAUUCCUUCAACCCAAGGGAAUCUGGUGAAAUGGGCCUUGGACAAUGGCUAUAGUCCAAUAACUUCAUACACAAUGGCUCCUGUGGCUAAUAGAUUUCAUCUUCGGCUUGAAAAUAAUGCAGAGGAGAUGGGAGAUGAGGAGGUCCACACUAUUCCUCCUGAGCUGCGGAUCCUGCUGGACCCUGGUGCCCUGCCUGCCCUGCAGAACCCGCCCGUCCGGGGAGGGGAAGGCCAAAAUGGAGGCCUUCCCUUUCCUUUCCCAGAUAUUUCCAGGAGAGUCUGGAAUGAAGAGGGAGAAGAUGGGCUCCCUCGGCCAAAGGACCCUGUCAUUCCCAGCAUACAACUGUUUCCUGGUCUCAGAGAGCCAGAAGAGGUGCAAGGAAGCGUGGAUAUUGCCCUGUCUGUCAAAUGUGACAAUGAGAAGAUGAUCGUGGCUGUAGAAAAAGAUUCUUUUCAGGCCAGUGGCUACUUGGGGAUGGACGUCACCCUGUUGGAUCCUACCUGCAAGGCCAAGAUGAAUGGCACACACUUUGUUUUGGAGUCUCCCCUGAAUGGCUGCGGUACUCGGCCCCGGUGGUCAGCCCUUGAUGGUGUGGUCUACUAUAACUCCAUUGUGAUACAGGUUCCAGCCCUUGGGGACAGUAGUGGUUGGCCAGACGGUUAUGAAGAUCUGGAGUCAGGUGAUAAUGGAUUUCCGGGAGAUAUGGAUGAAGGAGAUGCUUCCCUGUUCACCCGACCUGAAAUCGUGGUGUUUAAUUGCAGCCUGCAGCAGGUGAGGAACCCCAGCAGCUUCCAGGAACAGCCCCAUGGAAACAUCACCUUCAACAUGGAGCUAUACAACACUGACCUCUUUUUGGUGCCCUCCCAGGGGGUCUUCUCUGUGCCAGAGAAUGGACACAUUUAUGUUGAGGUAUCUGUUACUAAGGCUGAACAAGAACUGGGAUUUGCCAUCCAAACGUGCUUUAUCUCUCCAUAUUCGAACCCUGAUAGGAUGUCUCAUUAUACCAUUAUUGAGAAUAUUUGUCCUAAAGAUGAAUCUGUGAAAUUCUACAGUCCCAAGAGAGUGCACUUUCCUAUCCCGCAAGCCGACAUGGAUAAGAAGCGAUUCAGCUUUGUCUUCAAGCCCAUCUUCAACACCUCACUGCUCUUUCUACAGUGUGAGCUGACGCUGUGUACCAAGGUGGAGAAGCACCCCCAGAAGUUGCCUAAGUGUGUGCCUCCUGACGAAGCCUGCACCUCGCUGGACGCCUCGAUAAUCUGGGCCAUGAUGCAGAAUAAGAAGACGUUCACCAAGCCCCUUGCUGUGAUCCACCAUGAAGCAGAAUCUAAAGAAAAAGGUCCAAGCAUGAAGGAACCAAAUCCAAUUUCUCCACCAAUUUUCCAUGGUCUGGACACCCUAACCGUGAUGGGCAUUGCGUUUGCAGCCUUUGUGAUCGGAGCACUCCUGACGGGGGCCUUGUGGUACAUCUAUUCUCACACAGGGGAGACAGCAGGAAGGCAGCAAGUCCCCACCUCCCCGCCAGCCUCGGAAAACAGCAGUGCUGCCCACAGCAUCGGCAGCACGCAGAGCACGCCUUGCUCUAGCAGCAGCACGGCCUAGCCCAACCCAGCCCAGCCCAGCCCAGCCCAGCCCAGCCCAGCCCAGUCCAGCCCAGCUCAGCUACUGCCAAGGGCAGGACCAAUGGCUGAGCCUCGUGUCCAGACUCAGAGAGCUGGAUUUUGGUUCCUUUGUAAAGACAGAGUGAAUUUCAGUAUAAAGAUCACCCAUUGUAUUCACCCCACACCCAGGGCUAGUAUAACCAUGACCCUGGGCUUCUGUACCACACUAGAAUUCAUGUGAGAAAGCUAAAAUGGUGGUCUUCUCCACCAGCCCCUCACAGGCUUGGGGGUUUUCAAUGUGAAACACAUGCCAGUUUUUAAAAUGCUGCUUUGUCCAGGUGAGAACAUCCAUAAUUUGGGGCCCUGAGUUUUACCCAGACUCAAGGAGUUGGUAAAGGGUUAACAGCCAGAUAGUAGAACCAGUGAGGAGAUGCGGCCAAAGAUUAUAUCUGAACCAAGAUGUAAAACAAGAAAUGCUUUGAGGCUUUCUAAGCGUUCCUCCUGUCUAAUUUGCACCUUCGUCUGGAUGCACACUUCUGACCUUGCUGCCACAACCUGUGGGGUCUGAUGUGUCCCUUGAUGGGUGCUGCCCUCAGGGACUGCACCCUGACAAGUGUCAAGGCAACAUUCCUUUCUUGUGUCCUGGGCCAAAACCAAUGCUGAUGACCUUAUCAGCUUCCUGUUUCUUCCCAUACUUGCAUACACCACUGCAAAAUGUCUUAAUGCAAAUUUUGUAUUUCUUAUAGGCCUACAGAAAUUGAAAAUGACCAAAAUCAGGAACCACAGAUUUGUGCCCAUUCCUAAUAUUUUGUUCUGACAAAUUAAUGUAUAAUUUGAGGUGAAAUUCAGUUAUAAAGUCAAGGACGAAUUUGCACAGUGAUAUAUUUCUAUGUGUAUGCAAGUACAAGUAUAUAAUAUGUCAUCUGGCACAUUCAUUUUCUCAGUUGAAGAAGAGAAAAUUUGAAAAUGUCCUUAUGCUUUUAGAGUUGCAACUUAAGUAUAUUUGGUAGGGUGAGUGUUUCCUCUCAAAACGUGUCAGCUUAAAAAAAAAUAGGCCCUUUUAUAAAAACCAAGCUCUAGCGAGAUGCAAAUGCAUGGCAAAUCCUGUUGGUCUCCAGUUGGUUAUCUGAAUAGUGUCGCCAAUUCCAUCAAGACAGUGCUGAGAUUGGAAAAGGGCACUCAUUUGGAUUGCCUUACUUCUCUUGCCUUAAAUAUAUCCCAUAUAUUUAAUAUAUCAAAAAGGGCUUGAGGUGAAUUUCAUUAAAUGGAAUAAUAUGAUGCCACUUUGCAGCUAAAAUAAGCUCAGUGAUACUUCUAUGUUUAAAAAAAAAAAAAAAAAAAAAAGAAUGCCAGAGGGGAAUUAUCAUGCUAAAUUAUUUUACUGCUGAAGAUAGCUUCAUUGCAAAUUAUUCUUUUUCUGGAAUUUCCCCAAACAACUUAGAAUUCCAUAAGUAGAACAAGAUAGAUUCUACCCCCAAAAUAUUCAUAAGCAAAUCCCACUGCCCUUAGAAUAAGGAAGUUAUUUAUGCCUGGUUGUCUGUGAAUGGAACCUCAGUAGGUAAUGCUGAUGAAGCUUAAAACCUUAGGGCAGUGUCUGUAUGGGAAACAAGUAUGUGGAAAUUGACAAUCAUUUUUACCAAAUCGUUGAGUAAUAAUCUGACUUACCUGAUAGAUAUACACAUUCAAUAAGGAACUUUUUUUUUUCAAUAAGAAAUAUUUUAACCAAAACAGAUUACUUUAGGGCUGAGAUUUCCAGGCUAUCUACAUUCAUCUACUGAAAAAUUUCCAGAUUUCCAUAUACAAACGAAGAAGACAUGAGUUUAGAGAAUUUUUUUUCCUUUAGUUUUUUUUUUAACAGAAGGGUAUCAGAGUGGAGGACCUAGAUUACGCUACCUGUGUUUGAAAAUACUGCGCUUUGCCUAACCUUUGGUGGAAUGUAUUGUUUCAGCAUAUUCUAUGUAAAAAAAAAGUUUAAAGAUGUCUUCAAAGAAGACUAGAGUCUUUAAGUCACUUAUAGCUAUAUUUUACUACAAAAUUUGUGUAUAAAGAUAUAUUUAAGUGUUUUAGAUAAAUUUAAGUUACUCCAUAUGAAAUGUUUAAUUUCAGCUACUGUGAAUUCUUUCCAUCAGUCCUUUGCUUUUUUAAAAAAUCUUUUCCAUUGUGUUAAAAAGAAAAUUAGCUAUUAGGAGAUAUUAAAAGAUUGAUGGCUUAGAAGGACAGGGUUAAAACCUUCUGUAAUAUAUUUAAAUAUAUAUUUUUAAGAGAGAUGCUACAUUGCCGAUGAUUUUAUAAAUAAUUUAAAAUUAAUUUACAAAUUUAUAGAUACAAACCAAAAGAUCUUUUUAAAAGAGAGAGAGAGGAAAAAAAUCACCUUUUAUUUGUUUGGGUCUCAUUGUCAGAAUUAUUAUUCAGAUCAAGAAAUCUGUGUCAAUAAAACCUAAUCUCAUAUUGGAGAGUGAAUGUCGUUAAGUAUUUCUGAAAUGUUUCUAAAAAAUGAACAUGGAAAAAAAAGGUAUUUUCUCCCUAGCCUCUCAUUACAGUAUUUCUAAUUGCUUCACACUUUACAGUUUUAAUACAAAGUACAAGCUCUACUUUUAUAAGGUGUACUACAAGUUUCUUUAAAAGUAUUGUUGUAUUUCAGCUGAACUCUUCUAUCUAUCUGCAGUCUUGUUAUUUCUGCAGGCUACACCCUUAAUUUGCAGAGGCCAUUUUGUUGUUUGUUUGAUGCUGAAGCUGUUGUUAAAAUGCCCUAAACUCCAAGGCAGAUUGUCUGUAUAAUACGCUAUAGCUUUUCACCAUGUGGUGUUUACCAGCUGUUACUCUGUAUUUUAAAAAGCCAGAGAGUUCUUCUGUCUAAACUGUCUCUAUAGCAUUUUCUCAACAAAAAAACGGUUUUUUCCUUGCCUUGUAAUAAGAUCGUAAAUCCAUUUCCUGCUUGUGUUCUUAGUGGGCAUGAUUGUGAGUGUGUGUGGGGUGCUCACACGCGUGCCAGUCUUUUUGUACUGUAACUACCUCAUGGUUUGAAUGAUGAUUGUACUGCUGGUUGUGUUAACAGAGCACAUUUUGUUGGGUGAGUCCUAUGUGAUUUUUUUCAUGUUUGUUUUAUCUGGGGGUUGUUCAUGAAACUGACAGAUGUUUUUCUAAAAAGGACUAUUAUCAGUUUCCAAAUACAAUACUUCUCUCUUCUGGUUUUUCCUGAAUGAGCCUGAUUUUGUUGCUGGUUUUCAUCAUCUAUGAGGGUAAAAAGAGUACCCUUAAAAUCCCUGUGGCCAGUUCGAACACCCCUGUUGUAUUCCUUUCUCUGUUCAGUGUGUCAGCUAUUUUGUGAAGAUGCUUAGAUGUAUAGUUUUGAUAACCACAGUUUUAAGUCUUUUAUCUGUGCAUAAUAAAAAGAUAUAUAUCAAUUAUUAAUA